CCAGCCCGCCGUUCCUCUAACAAAAGAAUCUAGAAAAAUGCGGUGCAGCGGAUUCCCGCCGCAGUUGAAAUGCGGGCCCCGUUAACCCGGCAACCGGGUGGAGAGGAGACGCCCUUCCUCGGGGAGGGGAGACAGUUAGCUCGGCUCAGGAUCUCCUCUCCGCGCCCCAGUGCUGGACGGCCGGGAGGUGAGGCCACUGCUCAAGGAACCAACCAACUGUGUUUUUCUCUUCCUUCUCCUCCGACCACCAUCGGAGACCGGCCCCGCCCCCAUCUCAGGACCCGGCUUGCUUCUCCAUAGCCCUUAUCAAGACGGGUCUUCACGUUAUUGAAUUGAUUUUAAAAGACAUUAUUACUUAUUUUUGUCCUUUUUUUUUUUUUUUAACAGGUUGCCUCCCCCUCGGAAAUGUAGGCUCUAGGAAGGAGGGGCUUUAUUUUGUCCACUAUUGUAUUCAGUUAUUUUAACAAAUACUUUCUGAGGGCCUCCCCAAGCCCUGCAAGGGGCUGGAACCAAGUCCAUUUGGUUGGUUCUAGACAUUCUGGGGCUGGGGACAGCGCUGUAAACACAAAGGAGAUCAUUGUGGGAUGAAGGCUGCUGUUGGGUCACCUUUGAUCAGACCACCUUCCUGAUCAGGACCACCUUACAUAUAGUGAUCAGGGCAGGCCUCUCAAAUUAGGUUACUUAAAGACCACAGAUAAACUAUGUGGCAAGUACUAAAAGGGAAAAGCAACAAGCUAUGUGGGCACUUAACUCUGACCUAGCCUUAGAGGGCAGGGCGCUGAGGUCCAAAGAGUGAUGAUCAGGACCAUGGGACUCAGAUCCUUAAAUUGCUUUUAAGUGCUGGGCCUGGGUGGACCUGUGUGUGUAUGUGUGUUUUGGGCAGGGCAGUAGAUUAUCAGGGGUCAGGAAGCGCUUCCUGGAGGAGGUGGUGGUUUCAUUUGACCUGAGGCCGAGUAGGAGGCUGAGUAGGAGUAAAUCCAAUCCUUUAGGAUGGAUUGACUGUGUUUGAGAAUUCUUUUGCAGGUGUCCUGGAAACCACGCGGUCGAAGGGCUGAGCCGUGUGGCCAGACAAGAGAGGCCCCUACCCCUGCCCAGGGAGCUCUGAGGUUCUCAUGGGAGCCAUGAAGCUGAACGAGAGAAGUGUGGCCCACUACGCACUGAGCGACUCUCCCGCAGAUCACACAGGCUUCCUGCGCACUUGGGGAGGCGCAGGGAUGCCACCCACCCCCAGUGGCGCUGGCCGAAGGUGCUGGUUUGUCCUCAAGGGCAACCUUCUGUUCUCCUUUGAGAGUCGAGAGGGCCGGGCCCCUCUGAGCCUGGUGGUGCUGGAGGGCUGCACGGUGGAGCUGGCUGAGGCUCCCGUGCCUGAAGAGUUUGCCUUCGCCAUCCGCUUCGACGCUCCUGGGGUGCGCCCACACCUGCUUGCGGCAGAUGGGCCGGCGGCUCAGGAGGCCUGGGUGAAGGCUCUGUCUCGGGCAAGCUUUGGCUACAUGCGCCUGGUGGUGCGCGAGCUGGAGAGCCAGUUGCGUGAAGCCCGCCACAGCCUGGACCUGCACCGCCGUUCAUCCUGGAAGGCCGUUUCCAGCCGCUGCAAGCCCCAGGCUCCUGACCGCUGGUCUCCUGGCCUGGAGAACGGCCACUCCCUCUCCAGAGAUUGCAGCCCAAUGGGCUUGGUGGAAGAAGGGGGCAGCCGGCCAGCAGGGAGGGGCUUGGCCGAGUGGGAGCUGCAGGGCCCUGCCAGCCUCCUCCUAGGCAGGGGGCAGAGCCCCGUGUCCCCCGAGACCUCCUGCUUCUCUACCCUGCAUGAGUGGUACGGCCGGGAGAUUAUGGAGCUGAGGCGGGCCUGGCUGCAGAAGGCCCAGGAGAGCCCACCAGAAUGCAAGGACCAGGACAGACCCUGAGCCUGGGCCCUGCGGGGGCUCCUUGUCCUGCUGGGCAGGACACCAGGGCCAGCGCUUCUUCAGGAGUUUGAGGUUUCACAGGUUCAUUUUUUUUUUUUAACUGCUUUCUGAAGUUGCUUUUGAGGUGAGCUCUCUCCUUCCUGCUUUUUUAGGUUUUUCCCUCAGGGAAGAACCAAGUCCACCUUCAUGCCUAGAGGGAACUGAGAAAUCAUUAACUUUCAACCCAUUUAUUUCCUGAGGCCCAGAGAGGAGACGUGGCUUGUUCAGCAGUCACAGAGCAAGACUCAGGUCUGCUGACUCUGCACUAGACUGCCCCUCUCUCAGGGGAUAUUAAUGAAGUGGGUAAUAUCACAUGACCACAGGCCACUCUGCCUUCACCUAUACAAUUCUACAGUUUCCAUCAUGGGGAAUCUUGUGUAAAUACCCGAAGUUGCCUGCAGUGUUGGCUUGAGGGGCUGACAUUGUCAAAAAAGUGGAUUUACUGUGUCACAGGGGUUUCUGGGGCCUGGCUCCUCCUGAGUGGUGAGAAGAUUGAACAUGGGACCCCUAUCCUGCAGUGAAGACAGGGCCCUUUGGAGGGAGAGGGCCUUUAGCUAGCAAAGAGGGAUUUAUCCUGAUUAGAAAGUGUUAGGGCCCCUCUUCUUUCCCUGACUGCCCUGUCAACAGAUGGUGCUGGUCACUGCCCCAGGAGGGGUCAGUAGCUUUUCUGUUAGCAGAAACUCUGUCCUCAGCUGCCAAGUGGGAAGCUGAAGUGGGCUUCCUGGGAAAGUCAGUGACUUUGAAUUUCAGUCCUGGGCAUUCUAGGAGCUUGGACAUAGGAUUCCUGGCACCCUGUGAUAAACUCUUCUUUCUUGACUGGGCCCCUAAAGGUAUUCCUGAUCCAGACACCCCUAGGAACUCCUUCAGUCUUUCUUAUUACCCAGUGUGUAUCUGCCAAGACCCUCUGGUUCCUACUGUCACCAGCAUGGUGCCAAGCAUUUUCUUUACCAGUUGUUCUCAGAGGCAAAGUGACUGGGUAGACAGGGCCAGAGGCCGAUCAGCCUGGCACCCUAAGGAUUCUGGUGGCAGCGACUGGAUGGAAGAUUCAGAGCCUCGUCCAGUAUAUACAGUCUCUCCCUUCUUAGCUUCUCUCCCUCACUGGGGUCUUAUGGGGUCUUAUGAGGCCUGACGAGGGGCCAGCUAGGCCUAGAGCCUUCGGCUUCACCUUAAGAGCCUCUUUCAGUCCAGGAGGCUGCGAUGCUGCCUAGGGUCCAGGACCUGCUCCGAGGAAGCUAGGUUUGUUGUUUGUUUCCUAAGAAGAGGGGCUACCUUCCUAGCCAUGUACGGGAGUCCCACAGCCUGUGUCUCUUGUUUUAUACACAGAUAUUAUAGGUUUUUUGGUUGUAUUUCUUAUUGUUACAGUGCUUUUUAUACGAUUAAAAACACCGUGUUUAUUACUCGUAUUGGUUCUUUUUUUAGCAGCUUGUGUGAAAGCCCCUAUUUCCCCCCUUUCAGAUAUAUUUUCCACUUUGUUGUACAUAACAUAUACCGUGGCAUGAAAUAAAAUUCCAAAAUCAUUUAAGUAGCACAAAUAAUAAAUUUGAAUUGUAUUUUUAAAAUGUUCAAAAAAAUACGAUAGUUUGAAGUUCAAUUAAAGUGGUCUUUCAUUUCAGUAACUCUGCUCGAACAAGCCUUGGCUGUCCUGGGUGUCAGAAUAACAGAAAUUUGCAAGUUUCACAAGAACUACCCGUCAGAUGGUCCCGCCCACCAAGCCUGGAAUGAGGCGUGUACCCGGGCCUCGGCGUCAUCCUCGUGACGUCACCAUGUGCCGCAGCAGGAACUAGGUGCACUGCGCAAGUCUGUGAGCCGAAUCUCUCGUCCGAUCUCUACAGUCUCGCGAGGCUUAGGGCGGCGUUCUUCCCGAGGGCGUCACUGGGCCGGGCCACUGGGGUUCUGGGACCCGGACUAGGGGCGGAGCUGGGAGAUGGCGUCCGGAGCAGCUCGGUGGUUCGCAUUGGUACGCGUCGGAUCUGGGGCUUCCCGGAGCGGGCUGAUCCUGAGGAAAGGUGGUGAUGUUUCUGCCGGACGGAGCUGCUCAGGUCGGAGUCUGGUACCGUCGAGGUCAGUCAUCGUUACUCGCAGCGGCGCCAUUUUGCCCAAACCGGUGAAAAUGUCCUUUGGCCUUCUCCGCGUGUUCUCCAUUGUGAUCCCCUUUCUCUAUGUCGGGACACUCAUUAGCAAGAACUUUGCUGCUCUACUUGAGGAACAUGACAUUUUUGUUCCAGAGGACGACGACGAUGAUGACUAACAGGGCAUGGAGAAAGGACAGAAGAGAAAGCCCUAACUUAAGAAAUGGUGAUGCUUGCAGCCUCUCCUCCUUUCCCGUCAGAUGGGCCCGGGGAAAGCCCUCAGCCUCCCAACUCCAGUGAAGACCCCUACACGGUCUGUGACCACAGCCCAAAUCCCCAGGCUCUGGGAGGUUCCCGGAGAUGUGCUGUCCACUGAGCAUAAUCAGGUUAUGAAAAACCAUAAUAAACAUCAACUCUGUGUGACUGAA